AUGGCGAUUAGCGAGAUCGUCACCGAUUCGUCCUUGUUGCCCGUGUUGCAGACCAGCGCCGAAACCCAGGAACAAUGCAAGAAGCUGCUGUCCUUGCUCAAUCCCACGGCGGAUGUCUCGCCGCCUGAAUCUUCUGAGAACCCAGCUCUCGCAGUCUCUAGACAACAAAAACAAUUAUUCGCCGUACUAGCCCAGCUCCGGGGUCAGAAUCGAGACGCCAUCUUCCGGGUUCGCGACACGAAACAAUCGACAGCAGAGGCGCGCCAGGAGAUUGAUCGGUUACACCUCCAGCUACAGAAUCUGUACUAUGAGCAGAGACACUUGACGGGGGAGAUUGCAGCUUGCGAAUCCUACGAUCACAAAUACCUCUCGCUGCCCUUGAUCCCCGUCGAAGAGUUUCUGGCCCUGUACCCCGAACACAAAGAAUCCAACGAACAUGAGCUCAUGAUCGCACGCAUUAACCACGAACAUGCCGAACGGGAGAAGCUCGAACAAGCUCGACAAGAGCUGCUGAAGCGCAAGCAGGCUCUGAUCGCAGAGAACAAGAAGCGCAAAGACGACCUGGCUAGCUUGGACCAGGAUCUGGAGCGGUUUAUCGAUGCCGCGAAACCUAUCCAGAAACUCUUCGAAAAGGAGUAUUAG